AUGUUCACCAUAAUUUUAAGAGAGCCGUCAUGGACACUUCAACUAGGGAGGAGGGACUCCACCAUGGCUAGCGUGACACUGGCCAACGAUGACCUGCCUCCGCCGUCCUUGGACGUCGCCGGCCUCAGCAGCAGAUUCGCCAUCAAGGGGUUCAGCUUGACCGAUAUGGUCGCCCUCUCUGGGGCACACACGGUUGGGAGGGCGCAGUGCAAGAACUUCAGGAAUAGGCUCUACAACGAGGCCAACAUCGACCCGAACUAUGCGACGAAGCUCAAGGCCAACUGUCCCCAGCCAACCGGCUCUGGCGACAGGAACUUGGCCCAGCUGGAUGACACGACGACAACCAUGAACGCGGACUCGUUCGACAACAACUACUUCCUGAACCUCCAGCUCAACAAGGGGCUCCUGCACUCCGACCAGGUGCUCUACACCAUUGGCGCCGGUGGUGCCACUGAGAACAUCGUCGACAGCUUCGCGGCUAACCCGGAGACGUUCAGGAACGCCUUCGCCUCGGCCAUGGUGAAGAUGGGGAACCUCAGCCCAUUGACUGGCUCCCAGGGAAUGGUCAGACGCACCCGCUCCAGCGGACGCAGAUUUUUAGAGCUUGGGCUCCGCCGCCACUGUGCUGCUUCGGCCGCCUCCAUGCCUGACGCCGCUCCCGCGCUGCUCGCCGCCCCGCAACUCCCCGCCGCUUCGGCCGUGCCCGCCGGAGCCUGUCUGCGCGUGCCAGAUGGCCGCGCCCACAAGGGCCACCGCCGCCCGGGGCCUCCCCCUGCUCCCCUCCCCCGGUCUCUACUGGGCGAGGCCACCGGCGCCUUGUGCCCGCGCGAGCCCAGCCGGCCCUUCUGUUGA